AUGCGCAUCGAGGAGGGCUUCCAGCAGCGGCCCAUCUCGCUCCCGCCCGCCUACACGGGCGACGAACCGCUCAAGGCGCUCCUCGUCCGCCUCCUCCCCGGCAACGUCCACCGCUUCGUCGCCGCCGACCUCGAGCGUUUCGAGCACCGCAUCGCUGGCCCCGUUCGCGCCCUCGCCAACACGGCCGACUCGCUUCCGGCAACCAUCGAGCCGAGCGUCGUCCAGUUCAACCAGUUCGGCCAGCGCGUCGACCACCUCCACACGAGCGAGGCGUGGCGUACCCUCAAGGGCAUCGCCGCCGACGAGGGCCUCGUCGCGAUCCCGUUCGAGCGCCGCGAGGGCGAGUUCAGCCGCGUCUACGCCUUUGCAAAGGCCUACCUCCUCGGCCCCGACGGUCUCUACGUCGGCUGCCCGAUCUCGAUGACGGACGGCUGCGCCCGCGUCCUCGAGCUCGCCGGUACCCGAGAGCUCCGCGACAAGUUCAUCCCGCUCCUGUGCAGCCGCGACCCCGACAAGGCGUACACGGCCGGUCAGUGGAUGACCGAGCGCCCCGGCGGGUCCGACGUCGCCCUCACCGAGACGGUCGCGCGCCCUGUCGACCCGCUCAAGGCGCAGCCGGGCGACCAGUUCCUUCUCGACGGCUUCAAGUGGUUUUCGAGCGCGACCGACGGCGACGUGGCGCUCGCGCUCGCGAGGACGGGUGGGCCCGGCAGCCGAGGCCUGUCGCUCUUCCUCGUCGAGCUGCGCGACAAGGACGGCCACACGAACGGCGUCUACGUGCACCGUCUCAAGAAGAAGUUUGGCACCAAGGCCCUUCCGACUGCCGAGCUCGAGAUUCGCGGCGCUGUCGGCCAGCUCGUCGGCCCGCUCGGCUCCGGCGUCAAGAGCAUCACGUCGGUCCUCAACAUCACGCGCCUGUGGUCGGCCAUGUCGGGCGUCGCCGCGCUCCGCCGUGCGCUCGACCUCGCCAAAGGGUUCGCGCGCGUGCGCCACAUCGCCGGCGACCUCGACUCGCUCCUGCAGGACAACGCGAUGCACACCUCGGCCCUCGCCCAGAGCGAGCUCGUGCACCGAGCCGUCCUCCACCUCGCGUUCGGCGCGAUGCACCUUCUCGGACGCUCGGAAGCGCUCCCGGCGGCCCAGCUCGACGACGGCGAGACGCUCCGGCUGCGGCUCCUCACGCCAGUCGUCAAGGCGUUCUCGGCCGAGCUGUCGACGAGCGAGCUCCCUCGCCUCAUGGAGGCGCUCGGCGGCCAAGGGUACAUGACCGAGAACCAGUUUGGCCGUCUCAUCGCAGACGCCAACGUCGAGCGCAUCUGGGAGGGCACGACCAACGUCCUCGCUCUCGACGUCGUGCGGGUCGUCCUGCAGACCAAGGGAGCCGCCAUCGAGCACUUUGUCCGGUGGGCGCGCGCCAUCCUCUCGACCGCGCAGGCCUCGAUCCCCUCUUUCUCCAGCACCUUCACGACCCUCGAGACCCGCCUCGCCCUCGCCUCGUCAGCCGCACCGCGCCUCUCGAGCAACCCUCGCCUCCCUCGCCCGUUCCUCUUCCUCCUCGGCUUCGUCGCGUCGGCCGCCUACCUCGUCGAGCAGGCGUUGUGGAGCACACGAGCUCGUCGACCCGAGGCGCAGCUCGACGCGUGGGUCGUCGAGCGCUGGGUCGCCGACGGCAAGGCGGUCGAGGCGGCGGCGGCGGUCGAGCGCGUUUUGGGCGAGAGCGAGGGCGAGGCUCGCGAGGCGGCGCAGAGAGAGCGGGACCUCGUGUACGGCCUGAGCGGGGCCAAGCUGUAG